AUGGACCGUCGGUGGGCGCUCUCUUUGCUGGUUCCUGGCUUCCGGUUCGCCCACGAGGUCCAGCAACCAAGCGUGGGGAAUUAUUUUGGUCACUCAUCGCAGGGGAAGGCAGGUCGUACUGAGGGUCGUUACUACGUGUUCCUGCCAGAUGGGCGCCUCAUGACAGUGUCCUACUAUGCAGACAACACUGGGUACCAUCCUUCGAUAUCCUACAGCGACGUGAAGGAUGCCAACGACCUGUCAGCGAAGGAUAUUUUGAAAAGGAGAGGUGGUACGACUUCUGCCAACUCCAGGACGACCUCUGGGGCCUCUGAAACGUCUUCUACGACCUCCUUGGGUGCCACAAAGGACUCCAACCAAGAUAUCCUGCAGAGUGAAGGAAGUACGACCCCUGGCAGCCCCGGUACGACCCCUAGGAGCUCUGGUACAACUUCUGCGACCAAUUCAGAUACUCAGCAGGAUUUCAAUCAAGAUAUCCUGCAAAGGGGAGGAGGUACUACCCUUGGGAACCCUAGGACGACCUCUGGAAGCUCUGAUACGACCCCUGUGAGAUCUGACACAACUCCUACGACCUCCCGGGGUGCUACAAAGGACUCCAAUCAAGGUAUCCUACAGGGAAGAGGUAGUACCACCUUUAGGAACUCCGGUACGACCCCUGUAACCUCUAGUACGACCUUUGGGACCUCCUUGGAUAUACAGAAGGACUCCACCCAAGAUAUCCUACAGCGAAGAGGAAGUACGACCUUUAGGAACACCAGUACGACCUCUAGGACCUCUGGGACGACUCCUACGACCUCCGUGGGCACUGUGAAGGACUCAAGGGCAGAAAUCCUACGGAGAAACGAGGCAAGAAGGUACAGUAUCCUUCAGAAGAGUCCUAAAGUGUCCCUGAGCAGUGGAAGCAGACAGCAGGACCUCCCCAGACAAGGUAUCCUACAAACAGAAGGAGAUACCAGCCUUAGGAACCCCGUGGUGAGUCCUACGGUGCCCUUGACCACCCAGAGGACUCCUGAGGCUCCCGCAAAGGAUACAGAACCAAGGAGAGGUCGUCUGCUGGCAAGGAAUCCUGGGAAUGAAAAGCGUGAGGGUAAUGGUGGCGUCCUGCAGGGGGAAGCACGUCCACUCUCCACGGCGCCUCGAGAUCGACUGGGUGCGGCCACUGUGGAAGCCCCCUCGCUUCUGGCUAAGGUGCUGGCCAAUGGGAACCAAGCACAGAGUCCUCCAGCCAAUAGGGUAACGAGGACGCUGCGCCCCGAGGUGUAUAUAAGCGGUGACUCUGACAAUGCGCUGCCAGUCUCCUCCUGGGCAGCGAAGGGAGAACACGUCACUUCUAAGCCAAUCACUGGCCGUCCCUUCUCUCCUGUCUCCUCUCAGCCUAUCACUGGGCCUCUUGUUACGACCUUUCGACCAAUUAGCACGCAGCAUUUCAACCCGACAACCUACCAUCCAAUUAUACCUGUUAGCGUCCCUACAGUUGCACCAAUCACCUUGCAGGCCCCAAUAUCAUCUCGGCCAAUUAGAUUUCAGAAUUCAAAAACACUCAUAACAUCCCAGCCAAUGAAAAAGCAGCAUUCAAAUCCGACACAAAUUACUGAACCAAUGAAAACACACCAAAAAACGAGCAAAAACUCUCCACCAAUAGGCGCACAGAGGCCAAAAACGCCAAAAAUAUCACAGCCAAUCAUUUCAAAGCAUUCAAAACCCGCGCCAGUCUCCCAGCCAAUCAAAAAGCCGGGAAUGGGAGCCCCCUUCAUCCCAUUUCUACCUACUGGCGCCAUUCCCAUUGCCUUUCCUGGAUCCGAGUUCGCGUUGAAUGCCAGAGACCACUUUCCCUACUACCACCACUACAACCACCACUACUACGACACCAAGUACGACCACAACACCCACAAGGACUCCAGGCACACUCAGACCAGUUCCAGUUACUACCACGGCAGUGAGAAUUGA